AAAGGGACAAAAGCUCAGCCCUGCUCUGCGCGAGGUAUGGUUCAAGAGGCAAUACAUUGAACUGCCUUCGUUCUACGUGGCGUGUUAACAUGAGAACCAAAGUCCUUGCGUGCUCUGUAUGAUAAGUAAAGACAGGGUGACCAGCGAUGUGACUUCACCUCAAGAUGCCGAGGAUGCGGAAGAGAAUUUGGAUUGUAGUUGUUACCUUUGUUAUAGGGAUUUCGGCAGACGUUAGUCCGCCAGAAGAACCUUAUUUAGAUUAUGAAAACAAAAGACUUCCCCAAGGUGCAAUAAUUACAUUAAAAGAGUGGCAGGUGCUGAUCCUCAAGUGCGUGACUGAAAACUCAUCUCCUAUACGGCGAAUACAGUGGUUCUUGGAAACGACGAAUGUCUCGUCGCAUGGAAAGCUUUUCACAGAAUUUCUACCAGGAAAUGAAACAUACCUAAGUUGGAGUUUGCUGUCUCUUAAUAUUACAAGAACGUUUGAUAGAAAGGAACUGGUCUGUUUUGUCUCCCACGAAUCGUGGGCUCAACCAGCUACAGCUGGUGUUUCACUUAACGUACUGUACGGCCCCACCUUUUCAAUAAGCAGAAUACCAGGCUUUGGGAUUCCUGUAAUUGAGGGUAUGUUUGUGUCUCUAAGGUGUGACGUCGACGCUAAUCCACCCAGCGACCCCUUGUGGUUGAAAGACGAAAGUCCUCAGGUGUCAACAGAAGGAUAUCUUAAUUUUACUUUCAUUACCAGAGAGCAUGCUGGUUGGUACAAGUGUACCACAGAACAUCUAUUUGGUUAUUUCGGUUCGUUCGGCUACUUUCUCAACGUGCGGUAUGGUGCUGAAAUUGUAGAAGAACCACCGAAGGAAGUGGAAGCAGAAACAGGAAGUUCUGUAGACUUGGAGUGCCAAGCUGAUGGAAAACCUAUUCCUUCUUACUGCUGGGCUAGGGUUCGGGACGCUGACCGAAUCGAGGGUAUUGGUACAGGAAAAAAACUUCACUUGGAUCACGUCCACUAUGAAGACGCAGGACGGUACAAGUGCAUAGCAUCCAAUAGUAUCGGAUACAAAUAUGUAUCAGCACAGACAAGAGACGUCAAAAUUGAUGUUAAGGGAAAGCCAGAAGUAACACCUCUCAACAGAACUUUACUAGCCAUCGCUGGAAAGUCAGCUCUGAUUUUCGUACGCUACUGUAGUAACCCCCGUCCUUACCGUUCUCACUGGAUAGUGCGUCAUCUAGUGAUUAGUCCAGGGGAAAUACGCUUUGGGUACACUGCUUACAAUGUAACACCGUUAGCAACCCCCAACUGUUUUCGAGUUGCAUUAAUGAUUUCAAGAGUGUCUCCUGAAGAUGGAGGAGAAAUUUUGUUCUUCGUGAAAAACAGAAAAGGCAUUGACGAUGCAGUAAUCUUGCUAAACAUCACUCAGGCUAGCUACUCUAUAUCAGAAUGUUCCACUAAUAGCUGGAGAACUCAGGAUGCCAUCCUCCUCUUUAUAACUUUUGCAAUGCUUGCUGCUUGGGGAGAAUCAAAGAGCUGUUUUUUGGGGAGUUGAUAAACAGAAAUUGUGUUGAAAAGUCAAUGAAAGAAUCAAAUCUGUUUGAGGUCGAGAAUCCAAAAAAGCCCUCAGAGAAAAAUGACCAAACUAAAUUAAUGGGAGGUAAUAAGUCUAGUUUGCAGAAAUGAAACACAAGCAAUUUAUCAUUUAGGCCUUUCAGAACAGUGAAGAGUUGUCUUUGACACAUUCAUUGAAAUCACGUUGUAAAAAGAAAGUUCUUAAUCAGUCUUUACUAAUGGAGAAUAUAUAAUGCUUGUCACCAAGUAAACUAAAAGUGAAUGAAAAAUAAUAAUAUUUACUUUAAAAUGUUGUGAUGCUCAGUGUUAAACCUGUUUCAAAAAUAGAGGGUGUUCUGUCAUUAUAUAUAUAUAUUAAGAAGUGGGGAGAGUAUACUAUGAACCACAAGAUUUUAAGAUGAAGAUUGCCACAACCUCAAACUUAAAAUUUCUUGAUACAAAUAAGAAUUUUACUUUUACUAGCAACAUGUUCUGAUGUAUGAGUAUUUUUUUCAGAAAACACAGGAAUAUUUAACACAGGUUUGCUCAUUGACUAUCCUUUCAUUAAAGUAUCAUGUGGAUAUUUAAAACAAGUUACAUAAAAAUGAUCUAUUUCUGUAUAACAAUUAUUUUUCAAGAUUACACAGUGAAUGUGAUAUUUGUCAUUGAUCUGUCUCAG